GUCCCGGAAGCUGCGCUCGCUGCCUGGGUAACGGGCCCCGGCGGCGGCGGCGUGAUGGACCUGGAGGAGGCGAGAGAGUUUAAGGAGCGCUGUACUCAGUGUGCUGCUGUCUCGUGGGGUCUUACUGAUGAGGGCAAAUAUUACUGCACGUCUUGCCACAAUGUUACAGAGAGAUCCAAGGAGGUAAUAAAUGCCGAGUCCAUCCCUCAUACCAAGAUAAAAGCCAUCGGCCGGGGGCUUAAAAGAAAAAGCAAGCUGGAAAAAGGCUGGGAUUGGUACGUGUGUGAAGGCUUUCAGUAUAUACUCUGUCAGCAAGCAGAAGCUCUGAAGACCCUUGGAGUAGGCCCGGAGCUAAAGAAUGAAGUUUUACAUAAUUUUUGGAAGCGCUAUCUUCAGAAGAGCAAGCAGGCGUAUUGUAAAAACCCGGUCUACACCAGUGGAAGGAAAGUUACACAGGUGUUAGAAGACCAUCUGAGUCAUUCAGACUGGACCAGUGAUCCUGAGCUAAGUGAUGCUCACUGUCUGUCCUUGGUCGAAAGCUGGGCAGAAUCUCAGUCUGACGUCCAAAGUCGGAAGCCUUCCUCCAGUACCAGAGCAUCGCAUUCAGAAACAGCGUCGAUCUGCUCGGGCUCUCUCGAUGGGGUCGAGUACUCCCAGAGGAAGGAGAAGGGCGUCGUGAAGAUGACUGUGCCCAGGACGCUGGCUUUCUGCUGUCUGUCCUUACUGUGGCAGAGGGAGGCCAUCACUCUUUCAGACCUUCUGAGAUUUGUUGAAGAGGACCAUAUUCCAUAUGUAAAUGCUUUUGAGCAUUUUCCAGAAGAAAUGAAACUGUAUGGGCGUGACAAAGGAAUCUUUGCUGUAGAGUCAUGGCCUGACUAUGAAGAUAUCUACAAAAAGAUGAUUGAAAUUGCCAUAUUCUUAGAUUUGCCUCGUUUUCCAGACAUAACCGAGGACUGCUACCUCCACCCCAACAUCUUGGUCACGAAGUACCUGAUGGAAGUCAAUCUCCCUGAUGAAAUGCAGGGUUUAACCUGCCAAGUAGUGAAGAUGACUGGAAUAGGAGAAGUGGAUUUCCUGACGUUUGAUCCUAUCGCUAAAAUGGCGAAGACUGUUAAAUAUGAUGUGCAAGCUGUGGCUGUCAUUGUGGUGGCACUGAAACUGCUCUUUUUAUUGGAUGACAAUGUGGAAUGGUCUUUGUCUGAUCUUGCUGAAGACUAUAAUGAAGACCACCAAGAUAAGCCGUGGUUUGAUUUCAGAAAGUGGUACCAAGUUAUGAAGAAAACCGUUGAUGAGAAAAAACAAAAAUGGGAGGAAGCCAGGGCAAAGUACCUGUGGAAAAGUGAAAAGCCACUCUACCACUCGUACAUUGACAAGCCGGUGGUGUAUAAAAGACGAGAAAUGGUGGUAAAUCUCCAAAAGCAAUUUGGCGCACUGGUUGAUUCCAGCCCAACUCCUGGGGGGAGAAAACCUUCAAGCUUUCAGUUCAACUGGACUGAGAAAGGCACCGACGGGCCGUGCUUCCACGGACAUAGCCUGCGGGGCGUCCUCAGUAAGAAAGGCCAAUCCCUGGUCAUCAAGAACUCGUUGUACUGGCUCAGCACCCAGAAAUUCUGCAGAAGCUACUGUAAACAUGUGACAACCUAUGAAGAAUCGAAUUUUUCUCUGAGUUACCAGUUUGUAUUAAAUCUCUUCUCCUUCCUGCUGAGAAUAAAGGCCUCCUUGCUCCAUGAAGAAGUGAGCUUAAUUGAAAAGAAACUUUUUAAAAGAAAAUACAUGAGUUCAGACGAAGCUUCCAGGUCCAGAAGAGUGAGAAGACGUUGAAAACAAUGGCAGAGACUUGGAAGAUGUUCUAGUGGUGCUAAGCGGUGUCAGAUUGUAGUGCCACCUCGCAGAGGACUGUGGAAAGUGUAUGUUGUCACAUGUGCACACACACACACACAGAGGUGUCAAAUGUGUUCAUAACGUUGUUUGCUGUGGGGGCUGGUGUCGGCGUGCAGGGGGUUAAGCCGGCAGUGGGACACCAGGGCCCAGGUCCCUGGCAUCAGCCUGACUCCGGGGACCAUUUGGAGCGCGCGCCCGAGGGUGGACAAGAUCUCUCCACGUGCCCUCCCUCUGCCUUUCACAUAAUGAGUCUUUUCUGAAAGUGAAUGCUAUACGACAUGUAAACUUUUUUUUAAUUAAUAUGAAUGUUUUUGAGAAAAUUAAAACAAUACAUUUAUAAAUGGUAUCUAGAAAUUU